CUUCGAUUCACGCCAACGUUCCCAUUUCACCACACUUUCAAACGACAUCUGGAAUACUUUCCCCAUCUUCCUUUCUGUCGACCUUCGUUUCCAUUAUUGACACAAGAACCCGCAUCGAGUGAUUGAUUCCACUCCUUUUUCUUUCCUCCUUUUUUUUUUUCGUUCGGCCGCCAGCCGCACAGGAUCAGCACGAUGUUGCUGAAGCCCCUCACCCUUGCGGCGGGCCUCCUGGCUCUCCCCGCCGCCCAGGCAUUCCUCAUCCCCCCCGAAGUCAGUGAGACCGACAUCCACAUCGCCAACACCAUCGAGAGCAUUGGCCCCCAAGUCGCCGAGGCUCAGAUCGUCCCGGUAGCCGUCGAGUGCCCCGGUUGCCCGAUCCUGCUGAGGGGUCGACAUGGCCGGACCGUCCAGCUCAAGAUCGAUCGCCCGAGUCACCUCGAAAUGGUCUUCUCCAUCGACCGCCAGCCAGACCACGACCGCCUUCUCGUUAACGGCUUCGAGCUCUACCCCUCCAGAGGCAUGUCCGGAGGGAUCCUCUCGGCGCCGCAAGUCGUCGACCGCGAAUGGAAGAAGAAGCAUAAGCCGCUCUAUCCCGAAGGCGAGCACCGCAGGCUUCGUCACAGGCUUACUCCCCAGCCUCAGGUCCUGGGCUUCGGUUUGAAAGUCAGCCCGCCAAUGCAGGACGCGGACGGGCAGUUUGAGCUGGUGGAGGUGGAGCUCCAGAUCCUCGAGGUCGGCGUCGCCUUCGUCGACGGCAUCCCGAGCCUAAACCUCAAGCUCAUCAAGGACCGCGACGGCCGCCUGCUCAUCUCCCGGAUCGAAAAGGUCCAGCCCGAGGUUCUCGCCCCGCCUCCCGCCGUCGAACCGGAGGGAUGCUUGAUGAGGCUGUUCAGGUGGCUCGCGAUCGCCCGGAAAAAGCUCGACGGGAGCAACGGGUUCGCUCACUGCCACGACGCCGCCAAGCACCCGUCCGCCUUCGACGAGACCCUUCCUCACCACGGACCCCAUCACCAUCAUCACCAUCAUCACCCGUCUGCCGACAACUGGCGCAUGACCUACGAGCACCGUCACUGGGGAAAGCUCCUCAAGCACAUGGCCUCACACAUCCUGCUUCCCGUGCUUAUCGGCAUCGUGGCCGGCGUGAGCAUUAGCCUAAUCGGCAUGGCCGUCGGCACUGUGCUCGUUUCCCUUUGGAACACCCUGUCAGGCCGCCGUCGCCACGGCGCUAACCAUCGCCGCCGCCGCUCCAGCCGUAGCCACCGCCACAAGGUCUCUCUUAAGGAGGCCGCUGCUGCCGAGGAGGAGGCUGGCCUGAUGGAGUAUCAGGACGCGCCCCCGUCCUAUGAAGAGGCAGAGACCGCCAAGACGACGCCAUCUUACAACGAGACGGAGCCCGCUAAGACGUCGCUGGCCUAGGUUCGGGAGGCGGGGAACCGGAGUCCAGUCCAGGCGGGAAGUCGUGUACGAGUGUAGGCAUCGACCUGGUUCGGGGAUUGGUUUGAUUGGCGUUUUGGGGUUAUCAACGGUUCGAGUUUUGGGUUGUGUUUUUGGCAGUGUCGUGGAUACGAGACGUUGGUCCGUUCCACCGCACUUCUCUUGGGCAUCAUCGCUUUGGUGUAAUCCAGUCCAUCGUUGACG